UGUUACAGCCUACAGUGACUACAUUCUAUUGCUUAUCCGUGGAUGUCACACCGCUGCUAUUUUCUCCUCACAGUCCCUCUCACUUUCAGCGUACAGUUCCAGUGGAGUGACACGGGGCUUUGCAAAGAAAGAAACGGACAUUAAGAGACCACACACGAGCCAAAAAUGGCAGAGCUUGGUACGGGGAGCCUGUCGUUGGGGGAUCCUGUUUUUAAUUACCAAGAACACGAGCUGAAUGAGCGACUCAAGCGGCUUUACCCGGCCGUGAACGAGGAAGAGACCCCUUUACCCCGAUCAUGGAGUCCCAAGGAUAAAUACAGCUAUAUUGGGCUGUCACAGAACAACCUGAGGGUCCAUUACAAAGGAUUUUGUGUUCCAGAGCAGAAUUCAUGGUUCCACGAAUCAUAGCAAGUUGUCCAGGUCCCGAAGGAUUGAAGCAGCCCAAGACCCUCACACUACCACCACCAUGUU